AUACAUAUAUAGGUCUCUAGAUUGAAGCCUGAAUUAGUGAGGCAAUCAUGAUCAAGUUAGUCGCUCUUAUUGCUACUAUUGCAGCUUCAGUUCACGCGUCCCCAAGUGGACCGUUGAACGCUAGUUGUACUGUAUCCAGCUACGAUGAUGUUGCUUCUGCAGUAUCCAGUUGCACAACAUUGACUUUGAAGGACAUUACCGUACCUGCUGAAACCACCUUGCAGCUGAAAUUGCAAACCGGUACCAAACUCACUUUGGAAGGUACUUUCAAAUGGGAAUAUGCUGAAUGGAAAGGGCCUCUCAUGGAAAUAUCUGGAAGCAAAGUUACCGUAACUGGAAGCAGUGUCACUCUUGAUGGACGUGGUGCUAAAUGGUGGGAUGGAAAGGGAGACAAAGGAAUCACCAAACCCAAAUUCCUCAGAAUCAAGACUACUGGAGGAUCUACCCUGAAGGACAUAAAGUUGUUGAACUGUCCUCACCAGUGUGUGUCCAUCAAUAGCGCCAGUGACACCACCAUUGACAACUUCGAUAUUGAAGUUACUGCUGGAGAUGAUGCAGGGGGUCACAACACCGAUGGAUUCGACGUUUCCAGUUCCACUGGAAUUACCGUAAAGAACAGCGUUGUGAAGAACCAAGAUGACUGUGUUGCUGUGAAUCAAGGAUCCGACAUGUUAUUCGAAAAGCUGACAUGUAGUGGAGGUCACGGAUUGAGUUUGUCUGUCGGUCAGAGCACUGACAAUGGUUCAGCAAACCAGGUCUCCAACAUCACUUUUAGCGAUUGCACUGUAACCAAAUCUGAUAAUGGUAUUCAUGUCAAAACCCACACCGACGCUGGAACCGGUUCCGUUAAAGAUGUCACCUAUAAGAACAUCAAGCUUUCAAGCAUCAAGAAAUACGGAAUCAACGUUCAAGAGGAUUACAAAAGCGGAUCAUCCAGUGGAACACCUAAAGCAAACAUCCCAAUCAGUAACUUGAAAAUGAGUGGAAUUACUGGCAGUAUGACUGGCGACUCCAGUAGUAUGCCCGUCUACAUUCUCUGUGCAGAUGGUGGAUGCUCCAGCUGGACCUGGUCUGACGUCUCCAUCACCAACGGAGUUAAGAGCAGCUCUUGCAACUAUGAACCAUCUGGUUACACCUGUUAGAAGCACGAACUGAUCCCUUCAAUAACAGCAGAUAUUAUCAAUAUAUAAUGUAUCAACAAAA